AUGGGGACCGCGGCCUCUCUUCGAGCGAAGACCGAAGUGGACUCCGCGAGCACCGCAGAGCUGACCGCCGCCCUCGAGCAGCUGGCCGCGGAGGACAAAGCCAAGCUCACCGCCGCCCUGAUUGCCGCCGGAGCCAAGGUCGAGGCUGAGGGGAAGCACGCUGGCGACCCUGGCGAGAACGAGAAGGACGCGAUCAAGGCCUGCGUGGACGCACUGCACGCGCUCCAGGGCGAAGAGGAGGCCGCGAAGCAGGCAUGCGUGGGCGCGCUGAAGGGAUCCCCGGGCGGUGGCGAGGAGGAUGCAGUCAAGGCCUGCGCCGAGGCGUUGGAGGCGGCCCUCGUCGGCGGAGGAGAGGAACAGGAGGCGAUCAACGAUUGCGUGGGUGCCCUCCACGCUGCCCUGGGCGCCCCGGGGGCGAAGAAGGAGAAGGCCUGA